CCAGCCGGCAGGCGACCGCCACGCUAUGCGCGCCGACACGCGGGACGCCGCGCGAGCCGCGGUUCGCCGCUCUCCGGGGGUAGGGCCCCGAGCUCGCUGCGAGGGCCGCGUCGCCGGCGCCUCCGCGCGCUAGCCGCCGGUGUAUGGUGGAGCGCGCCAGGCGGGGGGCGGGGAGGCAGGUGGCGUCGCGCAGGUGCGGCCCGCGCCCGGCCCGGGGCCGCAUUCGCAGCGCGCGGAGGCGGGCACGCCGCGGCGCGCGCCCGCCCGCCUCGACGCGCUCAUGGAGCCGCCGUGGGAGCUCGAGCUGGAGUUGCGUCGGCACAUCGAGAACUGUGCCUGCACGUGCGACCACAUGGGCUACGGGAACUAUAUGGACUACCAGGUGGCGCCGGCGGCGCACGCCUGCCUGUGCCGCGCGAUCACCUCGCCGCACGCCCACGCCGCAGUGCCAGAAGGUAUGACAUUUCCGGGUCCGCUGCCUGACGUGGCGGAGCGGUGCGGGCGCUGGGCGCCGGACUCGCUGUCGGCGUCGGCGUCGGGCAGCUCGGACGAGAAGACGAUCCCGCGCCGGCCGCGCUGGCGCAUCGCCCUGGCGGCGCUGGUCGUGCUGGCCGCGCUCGGCGCCGCCCUGGCGCUUCCCCUCGCUCUCGGCGGCGGAGGGCGCGCCACUCCAGAACAACGACUCACUACUAUUCGUCGCAUGCUCCGAGAUUCGCCGCUAGUCGACGGUCACAAUGACUUAGCGUGGAAUGUACGGAAAUUUUUACAUAAUAAAAUAGGUGACUUUAAUUUGAGUGCCGGUCUCGACGGAAUUGAACCUUGGGCGCGGUCGCGCUGGUCGCACACUGAUAUCCCGCGCUUGAGGCUCGGUCAGGUCGGUGCUCAAUUUUGGUCAGCUUAUGUGCCAUGUGGAGCAAGAGAUCGUGACGCAGUUCAACUGGCGCUCGAACAGAUGGACGUUAUCAAACGUAUUGUAGAAUUGAAUGCUGCGCAUUUAGCACUAGUGACUGAUGCGGGGGAACUACUAGAUGCGCAUCGUGAUGGUCGCAUCGCUUCCCUUAUUGGCGUAGAGGGUGGCCAUGCUCUUGGGGAUUCCCUAGCAGUACUCCGGGCGUUCUACCAACUAGGUGCGCGAUAUCUUACAGUGACACAUACAUGUGAUACAAGAUGGGCAAGAGCUGCGGGCACCGCAGGAGGUCUCAGUGAAUUCGGAAGAGCCGUUGUACGGGAAAUGAAUCGACUUGGUAUGAUCGUAGAUCUGUCGCAUGCGGGAGAAGAAACAGCCCGCGAUGCGUUAGAAAUGUCACAGGCGCCUGUAGUAUUUUCGCAUUCAGGAGCUGCAGCCCUAUGCAACUCCAGUAGAAACGUUCCCGACGACUUACUUCGCAUGAUAGCUGCGAACGGUGGAGUCGUCAUGAUAAAUUUCUAUGCCAAACUAGUAACGUGCGGGGAGCGAGCCACUUUGGAAGACGUGGUGGCACACAUAAACCACGUGCGGCGAGUGGCGGGCGUGGAGCACGUGGGGCUGGGCGCGGGGUACGACGGCAUCGACGCGCCGCCCGAGGGGCUGGAGGACGUGUCGCGCUACCCGCACCUGCUCGCGGAGCUGCUGCGCGACCCGGAUUGGAGCGAGGAGGACGUGCGCAAGCUGGCCGGCAUGAAUGUGGUGCGCGUGCUACAGCACGUGGAGCGAGUUCGCGACCAAUGGCGGCGCGCCGCCGUGCUCCCGGGCGAGGAGACGGCGGGCGCGCGCCGCGGAGACUGCGUGUACGGGCCUGCGUGACGCAGGCUACGAGCCGCGCGCUCCCGCGGCCCCCCUCGUACUGCUCAAUAUUGACACUUGUUGAACGUAGUUAUACAUGUAUAUUAGUGUCCAAAUGUGAUUUAGCGAUUAAAGUAAUCUCUACCUGAACCUCGAUGCACAAAUUGUUUAGCUAAGGAGCCGCGCGCGCUGGGCGCUUCGUCUCGGCGUCGCGCAUCGGCCGCGGUUCGGCCGCUGAACUCUUCUCCAUCCAUGCACUCGACUUCGUUGACGAAAGCCCAAUGCGAUCCGCGAUUUAUAAUGAUGUCAGCCAUUGAUGAUAUAAAAGGAUAAUGUGUUUAUAGAAAAAUAAAUAUUCUUUAUUUAUAAUAUAAAA